AUGCCAUCUGCGACGAAAUCUGCCGCCAAGGCGGCUGGCAGGGGGGACCAUGACGAAUUGGAUAAUUAUAAUGUUGGCGACCUCUCGGACGACCCAUUUGCGACACCCAGCCCGCCAUCCAAGAACAAACGCAAAACGGCCGAUGCUGGGCUAGGUAUUGAUGAGGAGGUGGAUGUACAAAAAAGAGCUAGGGUGCCAACUGUGAAGCUUGAUGAGGAGAGACUCCUGAGCGCCGCCGGCAUCCCCAAGUUGCGACGACGGGCCCAGGGACUAAUACUCAAGGGCAAAGGCCACGAGUUUUCCGACAUGACACGACUACUCUCAUUCUACCAGCUUUGGCUCGAUGACCUGUACCCGAAAGCGCGAUUCCUCGACGCCCUGGCCAUGGUCGAAAAGGCCGGCCACAAGAAGCGCCUCAUGACUGCGCGAAACGAGUGGCUGAACGAGCGCAAGCCCAAAUCCGCCGAUGAAAAAGAUGAUGACGAUGAUCCGUUUGCCCUUGAAGAAAGUGCCGACACGACAGACAGCGCCGCCGUCCGGCUGCCUGAACGCCCCGGCGCCGGCCGCCUCAUCCAGAGCCGCGAGGGGGGCAAGGGAGGGCCAAGCACGGCGCCGCGCGACCAUCCAGACGACUUUUCCGAAGACGACGACCUGUACAAUGUGACGCCACGUGCGGGGCCGCGACCAGGUCUCACGGCGCUGCAGCCGGAUGCGCCAGACGACGACGACCUGGAUGCGCUCAUGGCCGAGGCAGAAGAUCACGACAGCAGGCCGCUGCCGCCGGCGAAGAAGACGGCGCAGCGGCAGAAUGAGGGUGAUGACUUGGAUGACUUGAUGGCAGAAGCGGAGGAGCAGGACUCGCGGCCGGCAAAGAGUCUGUUUGGGAACCCGAGCGCGAGCAAGCCGACUGCGACGGAUUGGGACGAUGACGAGGCGGCGAUGCGCGAGAUGGAGGGGUUCUGA